AUGGCCUCAAUUACAGAUGAUAUUUUUGCCCCUCAACUUGCCAUUCUGGAAGACCUGUUCAGCGACAGUGUAUCUGCACAGCAAGCGGCUGAAUAUUUGGCUUCAAUCUCAUUGGCAGACGACCUAGAGCCCGAGGGGGGAAUUACCAGUUUAUGGAGAUUGAUAUUCAAGUGUGCAUACAAAUUCCCCGAGCACCAUGAUAAACUCGCCAAUAUGCUAGUUCGACUCUCAAAACUUCCGAACGCGAAAUCAUCAAACGGAGAGUCAAUUUUGCUCUACAAUAUGCAAGUCUGGAAGGACCUACCGAUGCUUGGCUGGCAGGUCCGCGAUGAGUGGAAUGCAACCGUACCUGCUGGACCUCCUGAAUCUCGUCAAAAUGCAAUCUCGCGAAUUAUAAAUAGGGACAAAUUCACUGCAGGUUUGAUGGCGACAAAAGAACCUGUUUUUGCAUACUCGUGGUUUGCAUUGAUUACCCUGCGCGACACAUUGGAGACACCAGAGCAAUCUUCUGCAAGGAAUUUAGAAGCCUUAAUUCCUGCUGCUGCCGCGUGGAUCAGUAUUCUCGGUGCAGAAAUCUAUCAGUGGAAUGAAGAGUUUGAUGGUGCCCUCGGAAGAGGAGGCCCGCUCUGGAAAGGUCAACAUGGGUUUUGUAAGGAGAGAUGGCAGUUUUGGAAGGAAAGGUUUGGGGAGUUGGCUGUAAUCGAAGUUGAGAUUGGAGACGAAGUGAGAACGGCAGCAAAGAACGCGAAGCAGAUCAUGGAAGAGGUUGAGAAGUGA